CCAGCUUUUUGGAUGCAAAUCGAGCAACAUGGCCUCGAUGCACAACUGCGGCUUGGGGGGACUAGCGUGGAGGAAGCGGCCGAUCUUCUUGCUGGCCACCCUGCUGUUAAACGUGAAUGCAGCUGGGUUUUCCCCCCCCCCCUUGCCCGCUAUCCUGGCUCCAUCACCCACACCGUAAUCCCACAACCACCUACUGGCCCGAUGACCCAGCACACGUUCAUGAGGGACGAAUCGGCGGGAGCCAAGAUGGCGGGCACAAGUCCUAACAACACAACAGGCCCUAGGGAAGAGACCCUGGCGCAAGCUUGA